UGGGCAGCCUCCCUCAAGCUGUCGUAGUGUCCAAUGGCGGCAAUGCUUUUUGCAUGGAUGCAAUAUGGCUGCUUCCAGUGGUAAAGAGGAAAGGAUUGUCGGCUAAAUAAGCCAAUUGAUCUCCAUUUGUCGGGUCCUCCAGGGGACCGGUGAUGCUUAGGAGGAAUGUCGCACGACGCAGCAAGGAAGCAGUUCUGGAGGAGAAACGUGUCUAAAGUACCGGGGAGCAUUCAACAUGUGUAUGGAGCUCAGCAUCCUCCUUUUGAUCCAAUGGUUCAUGGAACCUUAACCAAAACUAUUCCAAAACCCCCAACAACACCUGUAAAACUGAAAAAAGUCACCACUUUCCAAGAGUUUGAAAGCACUACAAGUGAUGCCUGGGAUGUUGGUGAAGAUGAUGAUGAACUGUUGGCCAUAGCAACCGAAAGCUUGAAUACAGAUGUAGUGAUGGAAACUGCCAACAAAGUCAUCCAAAAUCACACAAAGUUACAAGAACAGAACAAAAGCCAAGAGAUACAGGAAGUGGAAGUUAAAGCUGUGACACAUGUAGACGGCGACAAUAAAAUUGUUAAGUCAGCCAGUGAAAGUCAGAUCCCCUCGUCAACUGGUGAGAGGCAUUCUUUGCAGAGGCAGCAGUCAGUCCCUCAGCAGACAUAUGUUCCAUCACUGGCAGACCAAAUCAUCUCAAGCAAUGCCGGUCUAACGGAAAGAGAAGCAUUCCGGCUAGAAAAAUUUAGACAGCUUCUAGCUGGCCCAAACACUGACCUUGAUGAAUUGAGAAAACUGAGUUGGUCUGGCAUUCCCAAACCUGUUCGCUCCAUAACAUGGAAGCUUCUCUCGGGUUACCUUCCUGCAAAUGUGGACAGAAGGGACGGCACAUUAAAGAGAAAGCAGAAAGAAUAUUUUGCCUUCAUAGAACAAUAUUACAAUUCCAGGAAUGAUGACACAAAUCAGAGCACGUACAGACAGAUUCGAAUAGAUAUCCCCAGAAUGAGCCCAGAAACAUUAAUUCUUCAGCCAGUUGUGACAGAGAUAUUUGAAAGGAUUUUAUUUAUAUGGGCCAUUCGCCAUCCAGCCAGCGGAUAUGUCCAAGGCAUUAACGACCUUGUCACGCCUUUCUUUGUGGUGUUCAUCAGUGACUAUGCGGCUGAAGAAGAAGAAGUGGAAAAUGUUGAUGUUUCCAGUCUGCCCGAAGAGGUGCUGCGGAACAUUGAAGCUGACAGUUACUGGUGCAUGAGCAAGUUGCUUGAUGGCAUUCAGGAUAACUACACAUUUGCGCAGCCAGGAAUACAGAGGAAAGUGAAAAUGUUAGAGGAACUGGUUAGUCGUAUCGAUGAACAUGUCCACAGACAUUUGCAUCAGUAUGAGGUGGAAUAUCUGCAAUUUGCCUUUCGCUGGAUGAAUAAUCUUCUGAUGAGAGAAGUUCCCUUGCGAUGCACCAUUAGGCUUUGGGACACAUAUCAGUCUGAACCUGAAGGAUUCUCCCACUUCCAUUUAUAUGUCUGUGCUGCUUUUCUGGUGAGAUGGAGGAAAGAGAUUUUGGAAGAAAAAGAUUUCCAUGGAUUAUUGAUCCUUCUUCAAAACCUGCCAACUGCCCAGUGGGGAAACGAAGACAUUAGUGUCCUACUAGCAGAAGCUUACAGACUCAAGUUCGCCUUUGCAGAUGCCCCCAAUCAUUAUAAAAAAUGAAUUUACACAUAAUCUCUAAUAUUUGAACACUUCUGUCAUUAUUACUGAUUAUAUAAAUAUAUACUUUUCUGCAUUUGCACGCCCUUUUAUCAGACAUGACAUUUAUUUAAAUCAGCAUAGGAAACGUAACAUUUUGAUUUUGCGGCAUCUAUAAUGCCAUGUGAUGGGAUAUACAAACCUGGCAUAUACCAAAGAAAACAUAUUUUUAAAUUGUAAUUAUAAAUCAAAGUAUGAAGAAAUGACAUGCUCCCACAUUGAUUGAAAUUAUCAUAGCAGAUUUGGUGUUUAGGAUUUUUGUUUUUGAUGAGUAAAUACCAUUUUUUUUCCCUAAACUGUUUAUUUUAAGAUGCUUUGUACUUUUUCAAAUAAGCAUUAAAACCCUUCUAACAUG